UCUGCAAAAUUUACCAAUAGCUGAGAAAUAGGCUGAAAUUUGUGUUGAUAGAUGAGAAAUCUCCAAGAAUUUAACUGAUAACUGGGAUUCCAGUAUCUAGACCUUCGAGGAGCUUCGUGUUUCUCGUUGCCGUUGUGAUGCCCUGAUAUGUCUCUUGUUGCACUUUGAUAGAGCCUCUGGGCUACGAUGUGAUCUUUCCAAGCAAAGAUAACUUCAGCUAUCUGGAUCAGAACUUACCGCCAUCAAUCGACUUACGAGAGUUCACUCUAUGCUUCUGGAUGAAGACCGCUGACCACGAACAUGGCACUAUAUUCAGUUACGCUCUGCCCCAAACCUUAAACCAACUCCUCAUUAAAAAGGAUUCUUUUUUCGUCAAUGAUUGUUAUGAAAACACCUCGCUUGGAGUUUAUUAUGAUGGACUAUGGCACCCCGUUUGCAUUGUUUGGGGGAACAAGAAUGGAGUUUGGAAGUUGUUCGCUGAUGAUGUGAUCAUUGAUUCUGGAAUUAAUUUCCAGACAGGCCACGUGAUCAAGGGGGGAGGAGUGGUAAUCAUUGGCCAACAUCAAGACUUAUUCUCAGAAGGAGACCAGAGUGGAUUUCAAUAUUCACAAGGUUUUGUGGGAAGGAUCAGUGGAAUGAAUUUAUGGGACUUCAUUGUGCCUCAGAAAAAGAUACUGCGCAUGUCCCAAACGUGUGGCGUGGAAAUUGGUAAUGUUCUCCAGUGGCUGGAUUUUGAGACCAAGUAUCAUGGUGACGUCAUACUGGAGAAUCCUUCCUCGUGCCAGAUCCCCAGUGCAAAACAAGGAACUAAAAAAACUAAAUCCAACCAUUAGUAUCAGAUCAUAGAUGUUAUCCAAAUUGAUUUUUAACAUCUUAACUCCACGCUAGAAUAAUUAUCCAUUUUAAUUGUGGUUCUGUGCUUGUUUAUUACCAGCCUGCUUCUCAAUUGCAUUGUUAUUUUUAAAAUAAGAUUUUGAUGGUACGCUAACCAAAUCUUGUUUCAAUUAAAUAGUAACAGUGGAUUGAAGAGAACUCUUAUUUUUUUGGAGUUGAGGUAGUUAUCCAUGCCUUGUUAUAUUUGUUUGUUAAAAUAUUGGACCAUAUGUUCAUCUACUUGUCCGUAGACAUGUCCACUUACCAAUUUGUCUACUUCUCUCCGUGUUUGCCUUUUAAAAAUGUUUAAUUGUAAAUAUUUUUUGUUUCUUUCUUUAAUAUAUAACUGAGAAAAUUACUUCACUGUGAUUGGCUGAGAGCAGGUCAACUGAUCGUGUUAAUCAGUUAAUUUGCACUGCAGUGCAAAUUAGCGCGCACCAUGCACGCGAUCGCAAUUUUCUUCGUCGGCAGCCGUUCGUCUCGGGAGACGAUGGUGUAGCGCUAUGUCGAUGCGGAGCAUCGUCUCGAGUGGCUAUAGAGUCCCACUCUGGAGUGGCAGUCUCUGUUGCAAAUAACGCAGACGAAGGAGGAUGGUGCUGCAAUUGAGGCUGGCCUGGUCUUCCUUCUGGUUCUCAAUUUUCUUAGUCAUAUAAUAAAUGAGAAAUUGGAUAAUGGCUCUAACAAUUAAGGAUUUAGACUACUUGUGAUAUCUGAAAUUCUUUCAAAUUGCACUCGCCUAAGAAAGGCUCGUGCUAUUUUAAGAGAAUUUUCAAAUACUACUCAUGAUGUAUUCUACGAUUAUCUAUACUUAUUUAUUAUGUUAUUUAUUUAAAAAUGGGUGGCGAUGAAACGAUUCAAUGAUGAACAAAUUUAAAAAAUAAUUCCACAAAUGUUAACUUUAAAUUGUCUACAUUCAUUAGCAACUGAAAUCGAAUGCCAAUAUCACAAUAUAAUUUUUAAUUAAACAAUCUUCACAGCUUAACAAAAGAUGACAUUUGACUUAUUUUAAAACAAUUCGAUAACAACAAAAUUUCUUUGAAUUUCUUUACUUCCAAGGAGCUGGAAAUGGUCGUCGUCGAAACGGCUCCAUUUGAAGAACGGUACACAGAUAAACUCUUCCAAGCGGUCCUGCAAAUAAUUGGAAAUUUUCACUUAGUAUUGAUCUAAAUAAUGAUAAGAAACGUUUACUUAAUUUACUGCAGCUAAACUGUUUCCAUUAUACCCGAGUCUUAUGUCAAUUAAAAAGUUUCACACAGUGCCAGGAGCUCGAGACUGAUGAACCUUCUUUUGUGAAGCAUUGAUGUAAUAUAUCAAACAUGAAAGACUGUGUUCGAUCACAUUUCCAAACACCGAGAAGAGAGU